AUGUUGGAACAGCGCGUUCCACGCCGACUGCCAAGGACGAUCCACGUGGAGCUCUGCGAGCGAAAGGGCUGCAGGAUCGAUGUAUCCUGGUCCAAAUCCUGGUGCUUCCUCAGGCUUCAGAGCACCACCAUCCCCACCGAUGUUCGGAAGGAGAGAUGCGGCCAAGGCAAAGGUUCCUUCUUCGAGCUCCCGGGACGUACCUCCUCCGAGUUCAGACGACGAAGAGGAGGCUUGGGGGCAUUGGAAGCCAGCCAAGGAUUCGGCGCCGGCGAAGAAGCCGAAGAUGGUACAACGCCCUGUGCCUCCUCGAAGCAAUCCUGCCAUGUGGGAUCCACGUGUGUGGAAAGCCCGCCAAGAGCUGGAUGCCAGCGGGAUAUGGGAGGAUUGGCCAUCCAUGGCUCCGGCUACGUCAAUGCCUGCAGAAGGAGCCAUGGAAGUGGAAGAAGAGGCGCAUACGGCGGAGGAAAUCGGUAUCCUGCCGGCAGAGGGAGGAUCCGACAAUCCUGGAGGCGUCACUUUGGUGGAAUCCUCCUUUCUUCGUAUGCGGUUCCAGAACUUCAUGGCCACGGCGUCCUACCUGGAGGAGCCAAAGACCCCACCAAAGGGGCCAAAGACCCCACCAAAGGGGUCAUCUUCGGAAUGGCCAGCCGGUUUGAUGCCGCCACCCAAGAUCGAGGUACUACCGAAGCCACCGGGAGUUCCUCAACAUCUUUGGCGUUCAAUCAAUGUGGGGAGCUCUACAUUGUGGUUUCCACCACCGAUGGGGGCUUGUUGUGGUGGAACCGCAACACAGCAACCUCCAGUUGCUCCCAUGAUGCCAGCACCGAUGGCACCGAUGACACCACCGCCACGAGCACCGCUGACGCCGCUACCUCCACCGUCGACGCCACACCCGGACCUUAUGCCGCCGGCGUCGAUUCCGCUCACCGCUCCGAAGCCCUCACAGGUGUUUGUUCCUUUGAGACCAACGCCGAAAGUGGCAAAGGCAAAGCCAAAGCCUUCGGCAUCACCUGGUGUCUUGGACAGUUUGUUGUCUUCCUCCAGACCGAGGAGUCGGAGCCCCUCAAUCUGAGGUCACAAAGGAUUCGGAAGCUUCGGAGACGGUGGAAAAAGAAGACGGAGCGGCUGUUUGGUGCAAGCUUGAAGCCGAUUGAUCGCACUGGAAUGAAAGGUUUAGACCGAGGUCCCUAUGCUGCUGAAGUAGAACAGCGUUUGCAUCCGGUUGUGCAGUGCUUGAACCUGUUAGACAGCGUAGGAAGGUCACCUGGUGUGCGUUGUGUAGACAGCGUAGGAAGGUCACCUGUUGUGCGUUGUGUAGACAGCGUAGGAAGGUCACCUGGUGUGCGUUGUGUAGACAGCGUAGGAAGGUCACCUGUUGUGCGUUGUGUAGGCAGCGUAGGAAGGUCACCUGUUGUGCGUUGUGUAGACAGCGUAGGAAGGUCACCUGGUGUGCGUUGUGUAGACAGCGUAGGAAGGUCACCUGUUGUGCGUUGUGUAGGCAGCGUAGGAAGGUCACCUGUUGUGCGUUGUGUAGGCAGCGUAGGAAGGUCACCUGUUGUGCAUUGCCUAGGUCGAGGACGUAUAACAGUGACUGCUGAAGUAGGACAGCGUUUGCAUCCGGUUGUGCAGUGUGAGACCACGGUAGGCAGACAUGUCGUCGUACGUCGUGCGUCGUUUAUGUUUCCGGAUGGCUUGAGCGUGUGUCCUUGGUUGAUUGAACAUGAUGAUAGUGACCAAAGAAAGGAGGUAUCGAGAAGGGAACCUCAGGACGAAUCAAAAGAUCUGAGAUUGAGCAUGGCUGGUUGUGAACCGUCGCAGUGUUGUGCCUUGGAUGAUCUUGGUUGUGUUGCGACUGGUUGUGAUGCCGUUGUGCCAGUGGUUGAGUGCUCUGAGCGCGUUUGUGCGUUGAGAUUGGAAAUGUCGGGUUCAGUUGUGCGAGGUUUGCCAGUGGUGAUAGAUGUAGACGGGCAAGAGGGGGUUGGCCAGGAUCCGGCAGGAGACCGGGGAGCACCCGCCUUUGAACCAUCAGACCCUAGGGGUGACGGGGAAGAAGAGUUGAUCCCCGAUGUGCCUCCCGAUGAUGGGAAUGAUGUCUAUGUUCCACCGUCUGAUCGGUGGUAUAUGAAUCAUGUUGCCUGUGGUCAUCAGCCAUACUCGCCUGACUGUGACAUCUGCGUGUCAUCACGGGGUGUUAUCCCGGCAAGACGGAGGAAGGACCCCGAGAUUCCGUUGGGAUCGUUCUUGACGGAUUUUUGGUUCUUCAACAAGGAGUUGAGAGGCUGCACGGUGGUGCAUGAGCUUAGUGGAUACUCCUUCAGCUUUCCCUUUCCAAUUGGUCAAGGCAUGGCUAAGUUGGUUCAAGGUUUGAUUCGAGAGUUGGCGGCCAUUGGUGUUCAAGGACAGCAUGUGGUUAUGAGAAUGGACAAUGAGGCAAGCUUGAUUGCCCUCUGGAGAAAGGUGGCUAGAGACAAGACCUUCCCAGGACUGUCUAUGCACUUGGACUUGGCGCCACCCAAUCGACCACAAGCCAAAGGCCUAGUCGAAGUUCAUGUUCGUUUCUUCAAGGAAAGUUUCUGGGUGAAUUGGCUGACUGUGGAGCAAGCGAUGGGAAAGAAGUUGAAGUUGGGCGGUUUGUUGUAUGAGGAAUGCAUCCGGUAUGUGACGAGGACAAGGAAUUUGUUUUGCGUCGGUGCUUCCCAGUCCACGCCGCUGGAAAGGUUGCGUAGGCAAAGGAUGCCUCAGACGCGAACCUACCCUUUUGCUUGCCAAGGUUUUGUGAAGCCUGUGAAAGUUGGUCAAGAAGAUAGGGGCAAAAGACUGGUAAAAUGUCUCUAUCUGGGUCCAGGCCGUGUAAACGGCGGAGGUGUGCGCUACAUCCCACUGGACCGCCCGGAUAAAGUGUGUUAUGGUUCUGCAUUUCGCCCGGACCUCCCGUUUGUCUAUCCUGAGCUGACGGUUGAGAAAGUUGCUGAUUCAGGGGCUCCGUCGCGUCAAGACAACAUUGAAAACCGGCCCAUCAAGUUCGACCUCGAGCCGCCUCGACAAUACAAUCCUGGUGAACCUUCGGGGGAUCUGGUUGAGAGGGGGACAGGGCAAGAACUUGUGCCGGAUGUUGCUGAGAUGGAGGCGCCUGAUAUUGAUAUGGACGACAUUGUUCCCACGGAUGACGAAGGCAUGCAAGCUGAGCCGGAGCUGCCGGUGUCUCCUGUUGGGGAAAACGUGAUGCCGGACGCGGACGCGGAAAUGCAGGCAGAGCCUGAGCAAGGCGAUGAAGCCAUUGAAAUGGCUAUUGAUUGGUUGCAGGAUCAUGCGCUGCAGUGUUUGUUUGAGCGUGAUGACGUGUUGCGCGUUGCGCAUGAUGUGGUUUGUGCCACCCGCCCGCCCCAAACCUCACGCCCCUCGGCCUCGAGCGAGUUGAGCUUCACCCUGCGCUUCGGUGGCUCUAAGAUCACCGUUGCGGUGCCGGUCGGCGCGGCCGACGAGUACACCGGUGAGCUCCUCGAGCAGGGCAAGCUCAAAGAGGGGAUGAAGCUCGAGAUGGAAGAGCUUGAUCACUUUGGCGUGUGUCAGGUCAUCUCUGCACGGGAGGCCACGACACUCGUCAAAUCCGACCGAAAACGUGUAUUGAGCACCAGAUGGGUCCUUCAUUACAAGGAUGGACAUGAUCGUGUGAGGUGUCGUUUGGUGGUCCGAGACUUCAAAGGAUCCACGUCAGCAUUGGCUGAUGGCAUCUACAGCCCAACGACAACCCUGGAAUCGGUCCGUUGUCUCCUUGGCAUGUACGCGUAUUUUGGCGGAAAAGUGAUCAGCGGGGACAUUAGUGUUGCCUUUAUGCAAGCCCGGCUGUUUACCACCGAGGUGGUGAAGUUACCGGAAAAUUGCCGCAUGAUGGAUGGCAGUUGGGUGCAUUGCUUGCUGAAGCGUGCGAUGAACGGGUUGCGUAUUGGGCCCUUGGCUUGGUUUCGAGAGCUUGGUGAGACCUUGCGGAAACAAGGGUUCAAGGUGACGGCCGACAGCACUGUGUACCGCAAAGUGUAUCGGUGGAAAGGCACGGAUCACAUUGUACUUGUUUUGGCGUAUGUUGAUGAUAUCUUGGUUUUCAGCACGAGUCCGGAAGUCGCGGAAAAAGUUUUCGCGGAUCUGAGCAAAGUCUUCAAAAUGAAGCGGACUGGAGCUUUGGAACCUGGUAAAGCAUCUGUGAUUGCUUUUCUUGGCCGGAACAUCUAUCAGAAGAAGGAUGGAAGUUUGUUUUUCGGUCUGAAGCCAGGCAUGUUGAAGUCGUGUGCUGAAGAGUACAAGAUUACCAAGGAGGCGAAGCUCCCAAAGUUGGAAAGGCUCUGGAAGAGUCUUGAGGAGAAGCCUAUCACGCAAGAGGCUUAUCAGCGCUCUCGCAGAGUGCUGGGGAAGCUCAGCUGGAUUGCCCUCACUCGGCCUGAUUUGCAGUUCGCGGUAGGUUUCCUGGCUCGCUCGCAGUCCAAUCCGGAUUCCAGGAGUGAGGCCUGUAUGCGUGCGGUGUUGAAGUGGACUCUGAGCUUGAAAGAUCAGGUGCAGCAGAUUCCUGCGACUUGGAUCAAUUACGAGCCAUCUUCGGACAUCCACGUCAUCGAUUGCUUUUGUGAUGCCAGCUGGAAUUUGCCUUCGGUUUCCGGGGCAGUGUUGAGUUGGCAAGGGAACAUGUUGAAAUCGUUCUCUCGAAAGCAAUCAGUUGUUGCGCUGAGUAGUGCUGAGGCUGAGUUGAGUGCGUUGGUUGAGACCGUCAAAGAAGCGUUGUUUGCUGGCUUGUUGCAGCAGUCCUUUCUGGAGGGACUCCCGGAAGACGAGGUCAGUGGAACGUUCGUCAUCCACAUCAGGACCGAUUCGGAAUCGGCCAAGGCCAUAGCGCUCCUGCGUCGAGUCCGGCACCUGGAAUUAAGGUGCGCGUAUCUGCAACAAAUGGUCCAGGCCGGCCGGGUUCGUCUGGAGUUUGUGCCGGGAGAGUACAACGCCGCGGAUGGACUCACCAAAAGCAUGACAGAACCAAAUCAGCUUGAAAACCUCUAUGAGGUCACAGGUUUGGUCCCUUUCCAUGAAGUGCUUGGAGAGUUUGACGUUGAUUUGCUUGAAAGUGAUGAGACAGGGAUGACUGGCUCUUGGGUGCCGGUGGAAUAUCAAGACCUGUGUGCUGAAAUUGCAAGCAACAAGAUACCGUUCUUGGUUGUUGAGUUGUUCUGUCGACCUGAAGGCAGCUUGCAGCGUGCGUGUGAGGAAAAGAAGAUUGCGUAUGUCGGUGUGACCGAGCAAAUGGAUUUCUGUGCGAAGUCCACCCAGCAGUUCCUGUCGGAAAUCUUUUCAGUGUUGCAGAGCAGUUUGCAGACAAGGAUUUACUGCCACAUCUCUACGCCGUGCACCACGGGUUGUCGGUUCCGCUAUCGAGGUUGGAACCGCUUCGAUAAGGUGAAAUGGGCGGCUAAAGUGGCAGCGCAUGCUGAGCACUGGAAGUUGAUUCGUGGAUUGUUGAAGCUCCCCCUGGCUUGGCCCCCAUCGCUGCUCGGCAGGUGCCCAUUGCCCAGGUCCGCAAGGAAAGUCGGCCCCUCGCACAGGAUCACGAUGGUUCUCAAGAGCCGCUGGAACCGCCAAAAUCCAAACCGAGAGGGCCAAGCGAACCCAGCACCACUCGCGAUCCCAGCAUCUCUGCCAAUACGCCCCCAAUGCAGGGCAAAACAACAUCGGUCUGUGGGCUCAUGUGGCGUGCGCUCCAAACAGGACAUCACUUUGGGAAGAAUGUCAAGCCUAGACCCUACAUGA